AUGGCGACACUCGCAGAACACCCGGCUGUCGCUCCAGCAUCUUACGAUCAAGACAUCGAAUCCUUCCUCCACCUCGACCAACUCACCUACACACCCUCAGAGCAGGCCCGAUCGAAAAUUGGCUUACCAACACAACCGUCUCUUCCCAGCUCAGAUUUCGUCUCCAGUGAUGCGCGAAGCUCCAGCUUCGCUUCAUCUAGUCAAUCACCGGUCGCAUUUCCUGCCCCAAGCCACCAGUAUGAUGAGCAUAAACAGCAGACAGGUCUUCCUCCUGGUGCGCUGGCCCAGGCCAUGCCUAUCGCCCAUAUUCCCCAAAUGGGAUUCAGCGCCCCAAGUCCAGGUUUCGCUAUGAAUGGGGAAAUGUUCCAACCUCAAAUCAAGACCGACGUUGCGCUAGAUUUCAACUCCACACCGUCUCGUAACCACUCAGAGAUGGACUUGGAGGCUGACAGCAGUAUGAACACGGCUCCGGCAUUCUUUUUCUCGCCAAAUGUCAAACCCAACCAGUACAUCGAUCCUAAUGCCCUAGGUGGACAAGAGGUCUUCUCCAUGGGCCCGUCUACUCAAGUCGGGCGCAUGUAUCCCGGGAUGCACCAGCGAGCAGCCAUGGCUAAGGCUGCUCAGCAACAGAGAGAGCACGAUCUGGUUCGCCAUCAACAACCACAACAGCUUCUUCAGCAGCCUCACAAUCCCGGAACUCCCCAGACUCAGCAUCCGCGUGUCUCCAACCCUCUGGUUGACGAACGUAUCUCGCGCCUUUUACAGCAAAUGAAGGCAGGAUCUGCAAGUCCUUCGGAUUCAUCCCCUUCCCCAUCUUCCAUGCCACAAAUGGCCAAGUCCAGAAAGGAUGAGCAGGACAUGGAUGAAGACGAGAGGCUUCUUGCUAGCGAGGAGGGAAAGAAACUUAGUAGCAAGGAGCGCAGGCAGCUCCGAAACAAGGUUUCCGCUCGCGCAUUCAGGUCUCGAAGAAAAGAAUACAUCGGCCAUCUGGAGAGUGAGGUCCAGCAGCGAAACAACGAGGUUCAGGAGCUCCGCACUCAAAACCGUGCGCUAUUUGAGGAGAAUGCCCGCCUCACCGAUCUUGCCCGCACCUUAUUGUCGUCGCCGCACUUUUCGCAGGUUUUGGAUGAGAUGAAUAUCAGUGGUCUUCCAGCCGUCCCACCACAGCAGCCUCACCAGCAACCGCAACCUCAACCACAGCCUUCAGCGAUUCCUCAACCCCAAAUGCAGCCGCAAAAUAUUCCCAAAGAGCCGACCCCCAACCACCCUCAGCAAGAAUUCGCAUUGCAGCAGAGCUCCCAGAUGGGCAUGAUGAUGGUUCCAAGCCAAGGUAUCGACGUUGCUGCGAUGAACAUGAAUAAUGGGGGCUGGAACACUGGAAUUGACUUGAGCUUUGGCAACCCUUCCGUUUUUGCCGUUUUUGAAGUUCCCGAGCCUCCUGUCCUCGACACCGAAGCGCUUACUGGCAAAUCCUCAACUUUCUCCGAAGUCAAUCUUCCCGAGGUUUCAAUCAAGGAAAGAUCACAACUUGAAUCCCUGCCAUCUGUGGACGGCCAAACGCCUGCUGAUGCCGGAGACUUGAAUGUCGAAAUUGACGAGUCUGAUCCUGUGCUUGCAUUAUUUGCCGAUCAACCUAAGCAGUCGGUAACGGCAGUACCGUGCGAAUCCUCUCCUACUGAUAUCGAGAUGGGAAAACCUACACUGGAGCUGAUUGUCGAUGGCGCCUCCAGCAGUGCCGCCAGCCGGCUUGAUUACCUCUGCCAUAGCAUGGAAGCCGCCUUUCAACGCGUCACCAUGAUGACUGCCCACCUUUCCUAA